UAUUGCUUCUAGCUUCAGACGAGUGAUAAAGCUUUCUUAAUAAGCACUUGAACUAAAAAAUGACACUUGAAGAAAUCCACGGACAGGAAAGCACAGUUGAAACCACAGACAGGAUGCAGUGUGCCGGCAAAGCACUCGAGGAACUGCUGCUCUCUGCAAAAAGCCAAGACUGUAUGACGGUCGGAGUUUACGAGUCUGCAAAAGUCAUGAAUGUCGAUCCCGACAGCGUGGCUUUCUGCGUACUGGCAACUGACGAGGAGUACGAGUGCGAUAUUGCUCUACAGAUCCACUUUACCCUCAUCCAGGCUUUUUGCUUCGAUAACGACAUCAACAUCGUGAGGGUUAACGACACUCAACGCCUUGCAGAGAUCGUGGGCAGUACCGAUGAAUCCGGAGAACCCAAGGACGUGCAUUGCAUUUUAAUCACGAAUCCAAGUGAUGAUUCGUGGAAAGACCCUGCAUUGGAAAAACUGAGCUUAUUCUGCGAAGAAAGCCACAGCAUGUACGAGUGGGUGCCCGCUAUCACACUGCCUGAGCGCUGAACGCCGACUCAGCCACGUCACUUUCUUACUGAGGAUGCUUUAUCCUUUUUGUUGCAAAGCCAGCCAUCCUUGGAAUACAUGGUGGACCCAUUCUGUUCCAGAGAACCCGGUUGGAUUACCCAGUUGAAGAAUCAACUGUAAAGCUGGAGGUGGACAUGCUGGAGAUCCUCUGAAGUCAAGGUCUGGUUGUGGAGGUGCAGGCAUGCAGACUGAACAGUUCCUGUGCAGGUGCCACUGCAUGCCACAUGGCAGAGAAGGUGUACGAUUUGGUGCUGAAGGAAGGGAUUAAAGGAAUAUUGUUUUUGACAGACUUAUGGAAUGAUGAGCAAAGGGACAUUUGAUGAAGAGAAGAGUCUUUGAAAGACUGUUUUGGGGACUUUUUCCAAUGUGAUGGAAUGAACUUGAUGUGACUUAACGGACACUAUGAAAGGAACCCUGAACUUUUUCUACAGUUUCUGUGACACAUGUGAGACUGUUUGAGCCAGGACUAUUAUGAGUAAUUGAAACACAUUUUACCUGUUUAUUCUAAAUGGGAAGAUGUUUGCAAUGAAUUCAAUAAAUAUUUAAAACCUA